AAAGUUUCGGUUAUAAUCCUCUCAUAAACUUUACGCCACCGUUAUUUUAAAAAUAUAAUGGUGUUAAAUUCCGUGAUCUUUUGUUUAUGGACUUAAAAAAACAAUGAUGUCGAAGAACGCGACGUGAUUAGCAUAUGUCAAUCACAUUUUUAAACCUCACUUCCUUAGCAGCAACGACGCAAAUCCAUAGAAACCCAUGCAUACCAUCUGUGUCAACUCCACAAGAAGAUGGCGUUGGCUCUUCUUGUAGCAAUUUUUACGUUCAAUAUCAACAUAAUAUCAAACACGAAUGCUGCUCUYACAACAUCUACGGUKAAYGCAGCUUUUAAUAAGACWGUURUCGCAAAMAGAACCUGUGGAACUCCACCGGAGAAGUAUUUCGAUAUUUUACAGAAUGAUAUACAGCCAACGUUGAGAGUUCCGAAAUGGUGCAACGCCUCGGACCCAGCAAAAGCUCAUAACCCUCCUAACUUGGUGGAUGAGGAUUUCAACUCGUUUUGGCAGUCAACUUCUAUGGUUAAUCGAGCGAAUAUUACCAUUGACUUAACGGGGCCCGUUCAUAAGUAUUACUACAUCGAUAAAAUUGAGAUUUGGUUCCAAGAUUUCUACCGUCCAAUACAAAUGGGAUUGUACAAGUCAGAUGACAAUGGUGUKAMCUACAAACCAUGGCAUUUCUAUGUAUCCACCAUAUCCAAUAAGUUAAACGACGAUAAGCCAUCAACGCAGUGUAGAGAAAAAUUCAACAGGGCUUUUGCAGAGUCAGGCAAACCUGGUUCUGUAAAUGAUGUCAUUUGUAUGGUUUAUUCCAAUACAACUGCGAAGAGAAACAAUGACAUAGUUACAUGGAAUCCRUCAGCCUAUCGAGGGGAGGGAGAGGAAGAUGUCAACCCAAGUACAGCAUUAGUGGACUGGAUAAAAGCUACUAACAUACGCAUUGAGUUUCUCACUUUGGCAAGRCCUUUUGAUCCUAUGGCUGUACAAUGGUAUCACUAUGCWGUCAAAGARGUUGUUAUUGAAGGAUAUUGCCCUUGUAAUGGACAUGCCGUUGCGUGUAAACAUAGUAACAUAACCAACGACAACAAGUGUAUAUGCCAACCAGGGACGUGUGGUGAGAAGUGUGACAAAUGUUGUGAUGCGUAUAACCAGUAUCCAUGGAAAGCUGGUGGUAAAGGUCCAAUGGUGGUUGACGAGUCUGCAGCUUGUCAGUUAUGCAAUUGUCACAAUCACAGUUCAGUUUGUGUCUACAACCAAACUAUUGCCAAMAUGAAUGCAAGUAUGACRAUUGAUGGCAAGUAUAGCGGUGGUGGUGUCUGCCAGAACUGUGAGCACAACACAACCGGAGUGAACUGCGAACAGUGCAAGAAGUUCUUUUACCAUCCAGCUAAUGUCAGUAGAAAGGCCAUCAACACCUGCAAACCAUGUGGCUGCUUUUCUGAUGGCUGUAUUAAUCUAUCUACUGGAGAUGGUAAAAUCAACUUAGAUUGUGUGAGGAAAACUGCAAUAUUAAGAACUAAUAAUGAGCUUCCAGUUGGUUCAUGCUUCUGUAAGGUAAACGUCAUGGGUAGAAUUUGCGAUAUGUGCAAACCUGGCUUCUAUAAUCUGAGMAGAACAAAUCCAGAAGGUUGCCAAGAGUGUCRAUGUGAUCCAAAUGGCUCCGUCAAUAGAUCCAAUGUCUGCGAACCUGAUGUAGAUGGCCAGUGUCCAUGUAAAUCAAAUGUUCAUGGUAUACGUUGUGACACAUGCAAUGAUACAUAUUAUGGUCUUACUCAUGAUGACCCUAAUGGCUGUAAAGCUUGUUUAUGCAACUGCGGUGGUGCUGAACAUAAUGUUUGUAACAAGARCGAUGGUCAGUGCACCUGUCUGAAGAACAUAGAGGGACGGCAAUGUACAAGACCCAAUGAUAUGGCAUAUUAUCCUGGUUUGCAUGUCAUGUCCAGUCAAGAAGUCUCUAAGGACAGUCCUUGGUUAUCUACCAUCAACAUUAUGAAUGGAGUCARUUCCAAYKCAGGGCUCUUCUUUCUAUUAUUAUCCUACCAAAGUGGCUCCCCGCAAACAGUUACUGUYACYRUUACCAUGAAAAACACAACAACAACUAAGUCUAUCUCYCUUGMGACUUGCCGUCAAACUUGCAUGAGAAACUUGACAGAGUUUGGAGAGGUUUCUCUAAGUGGUGUGGUUAMWGUGAAUAUGACGUUURCURUUGGAUUUCAAGGAAAGAAGGUUGUUGCUUUGCCAAAAGAGUUCAACCAACCAACAGCUCUUCGUGAAUGCAUGGCUGGUUUCCUUAGCAACUGCAGUAUUAUGAGUACUGAUUUCAUGAAAGAGUCGUCUUCCAAUGAGGAGUGCAAGAAGGAUGUCUUCAGCGUUACUGCUGCAUAUUUUGGAAAGGCAUUAGAGUGUAACUGCAGCGUUGUUGGCUCUCAUAAUCAGACUUGUCAAAAGUAUGGUGGUCAAUGUCACUGCAAACCUGGUGUGACAGGGCGUCAGUGUGACAAGUGUCUUCCAGGUUUUUAUAACUUCACAUCAGCUGGUUGUACAGCUUGUGGAUGUGCAACUGAUGAUAAAGUUUGUAAUCCCAAGUCAGGACAAUGCAACUGUCCUCCUAAMACUAAUGGAAGAAUCUGUGACAAGUGUAAUGCUACCUUUUGGGGWUGGAACUCUACUUCUGGAUGCAAAUCAUGUAACUGUGACAGAAUUGGCUCRASUAAMUUGCAAUGUAACUUGACAACUGGAAUUUGCAGCUGCAAAAAAGGUGUUCAUCUUGCCAAAUGUACUGAGUGUCAAGAUGGAUACAAGAACUUCUCAUCUGYGGGUUGUACUGGAUGCGAAUGUGACAUGAGGGGCAGUUUACAGUCAGUUUGCAACAAGACAACAGGGCAGUGCACAUGCAAGGCAAAUUCAAUGAGUUUACUCUGUAACCAGUGCAAGCCAGGAUCAUUCCAUCUUUACCAGCCAAACCCUAARGGAUGUACUGAUUGUAUAUGUAUGGGAAUAACCAGCAACUGUUCCAGUACCAACAAGUAUAUUUACCAGAAAUCUUUAGAGUCAAAUCUGUGGAAUUUGUAUGAUGAAGAUAACAAGAAAACCAUUACUGUUGAAAGAUCUGUGAUGGAACUGAACCUUGAGAACACCCCUUUCAUUACAGCCAACAUUUCAGUGACUUCACAAAACUUGAUAUGGMAGGCUAAUGAAAACCUCACUCAGAGGUCACUGGUUUCAUCAUAUGCUGGYAAUCUCUCCUUUGCUGUUCAUGUGACAAACUUGUCUAGUGCAGCUGCUGCAGCCAUGCCAAAAGUGAUUAUCAAGGGCUCUCAUAAUAUUGCGAUUGAGCAGAGUUUUGAACCUGUUGCUGUUGAUCAGGUUACAACAAGAGCUGUCUUCAUGAAAGAGACAUCAUGGGUUUAUACAGGAACCAAUACCUCCGUAUCGCGUGAACAUUUCAUGCUAGUGCUAGCCAAACCACUUKCUAUUCAUGUAACUGCUUCUCUAUUGACUGGUGGCGACGGUUUCUACAAAACUAGCYUUGGUGGCAUCAAAGUUUCUGAUGUGCAAGAUAACACCACUGUUCAAGGAAGAGCUGUGGAUGUUGAACAGUGCAACUGUGGGCCAGAAUACACAGGGUUGUCAUGUGAGCGCUGUGCUGCCAGUCAUCACCGUGUUAAUGUCUCUGGUGAUGCAUAUUUUGGUAAAUGUCAACRUUGCAACUGCUACAAACAUACUGUUGAUUGUCAUGCCAGCACUGGACAUUGUUAUAACUGUGAUCAUAACACCACCGGCAACCACUGCGAGCGUUGUAUUGAUGGUUUCUAUGGUAAUGCUACAGAUGGAACUCCUAAUGACUGCAUGACAUGCCCAUGCGAGGCACCUAGAACAACCACGUCUCUUUGUACUGAUUUCUAUGGACUKCCAAAGUGCACCAACUGUUCAGUGGGAUAUGAGGGACGGCUUUGCGAUAAGUGUCAGUUGAAGUAUUUUGGUAGACCAGAUCUCGAUGGAGGAAACUGCUCCCUGUGUCAGUGUAAUARCAAUAGUGAUAUAUGUAACACCAUUUCUGGAGAGUGUACAGACUGCAAGUAUAACACUACAGGCUUCCACUGUGAACGAUGUGAAAAUCAGACAUAUGGUUAUGCACCUAUGCAAAACUGUACAGGCUGUGCCUGUAAUUCUACUGGAUCAAAGAACAAUAUCUGUGACCAUAGAAACGGCCAGUGUGAAUGUCACCYCAAYGUUGACACAAGGGACUGCUCGAAAUGCAUGGAAAACAGCUACAACUUUACUUCAACUGGUUGUACAGAAUGUAACUGCARYAAAUUUGGGUCUGUUAAACUACAAUGUAACGAAUCUGGCAUUUGUACUUGUAAASCACAUUCACUGGGAAAGACAUGCAAUCGCUGUGAAACAAACUUCUAUGGUCUGCCUUUCGCAGAGUGUAAAAUGUGCAACUGCAGUGCUAUUGGCUCGAAUACAUCGGUUCCCUGUAAUGGUGUGACAGGUCAGUGUCACUGUAAACCUGGCGUGACUGGUAGACAGUGUGACCGAUGUAUGGUCAUGCACUACAACUUCUCUUCAAGUGGAUGUACUCCUUGUGACGAGUGUACCAGAGUAGGYCUCAGAGGAAAGCUKAACGACACACAGAAAGAAAUCAUAAAUUCUCUGGAAAAAGCAACGCAAGUUCAGAAACUGAGACCUUUUAAGGAAGAACUGCAGAAAGUAGAAAAUAGAAUUACAACGACUGAGAAUUUGGUUAAAGAAUUUGAAAAAAGAAUUCAAGAUUUACGAAACGGUUUGAAUUUGCUGAAGAAUAACACGUUAAACAGUAGCAUCCAUGACUUGAGAGCUCAGGUAAUAGUUGUUUUCUAA